GUCAUUAUCAAAAGAUACAAUACCCUUUCUGUCAUUUGAAAUAUCGUCAUCUCCGUCACUCUUUUCUUCAAUCCUCUUUCAACUACAGCUAGGCAUUGCUAAUCCUUCCUAUCAUCCUCUCUCUCUCUCUCUCUCUCUCUCUCUCUCUACACACACAGACAGUCACUUCAGCAGAGAGAAUAACCAGAAUGGCGGCGUCAUAUGCAUCUCUGUCAAAUAUUAGCUCGGUUACAGCUCCACGAAGUGUCUCACCUGUCAAAAUUACGAGCUCAGUUUGCUCUUUCGCGUCUGUAAAGCCUCCGAAGUGUGCAUUUUCUUCAUUGUCAUCAUCUACCUCUUUCUCCGGUCCGCUCGGUCUGACGUCGCCGCGUUUGGAUUGUCCGACUAGGAGCAGAAGCGGCUCUGUGCCUUUCAGAGUCCGAGCGAUGGCUGAGGAAGCUGCAUUGCAAGCAAAAGUGACGAACAAAGUUUUCCUCGAUAUAAGCAUUGGAAACCCAGUAGGAAAGUUUGUGGGAAAGAUUGUAAUUGGCUUGUACGGUGAUGAAGUGCCACAAACUGCAGAAAAUUUCCGUGCUCUAUGCACAGGUGAGAAGGGAUUUGGUUACAAAGGUUCGUCGUUCCACCGCGUUAUCAAGGAUUUCAUGAUUCAAGGAGGAGAUUUUGACAAAGGAAAUGGCACUGGUGGAAAAAGCAUCUAUGGACGUACAUUCAAAGAUGAGAACUUUAACCUGGUUCAUACUGGACCUGGAGUUCUUAGCAUGGCAAAUGCUGGCCCCAAUACCAAUGGAAGCCAAUUCUUCAUCUGUACUGUCAAGACAGGAUGGCUGGACCAGAAGCACGUCGUAUUUGGACAAGUUCUGGAGGGUAUGGAUGUUGUUAAGCUGAUCGAAUCACAAGACACCGACAGAGGUGAUCGUCCGAGAAACAGGGUUGUGAUAAGCGAUUGCGGUGAACUUCCAGUGGCAUAAGGUGGAGUUAAGCCAUUUAGGACAAUCAUGAGGCUUUAGUGGGGUUUUUUUUGUCAUAAUCCUGUUAUAGAGGACCGUAUAUCAACUGAGGCUUUGUCCAACUACCUAUUUCUUGUAUUUCUCUAUGUUGAGGGAACUGUACUUGUCUUGAGAUAGUUGCAUGUUGUAUUUUUCUGAUAAUAAACCAAAUUAAUUCCCCUUAGCAGCAUUAAGAAAAACAUUGAUCCUUCCUGACAAAA